AAAAAAAAAAAAAAUCCAUCAACGCACAACACCACCACUCUCUCAAGAGAAAGAGAAUCUCUCUCUCCUUCUCUCUCUCACUCUUUCUCUAUAACCAGAACAAGAAUCAUCAUCAUAACCAUCUUCGAUCAUCAUCAUCAUCAUAGUUUGAGCGAAGAAAUUAAUCAACAUCAUCAAUUGGAUCAAAAACCAGCACAUAUCAAGACCCGAAUGAGCUCUUAACCACUCUUUAUUUCUCUUGUUUUUCUCUUCUUAAUUUUUGCUGUAGUAGAGAGAUAUAAAACCAUAUUCAGGAAGAAGGGAACCCUAGUGAGGUAAAGAAGAUCGGGGAGGGAAAAAAAGAUGAGCAGCCUUGAAGAGUCUUUAAGAUCUCUGUCACUUGACUAUCUAAACUUGCUGAUAAAUGGUCAAGCUUUCUCUGAUGUGACUUUCAGCGUAGAGGGUCGGUUAGUCCACGCGCACAGGUGCAUCUUAGCGGCUAGGAGUCUCUUCUUCAGGAAAUUCUUCUGUGGACCCGACCCACCACCGGGUUUGGACCCGACUGGCUCUCGGAUGAGUCCCGGGGCGGCGAGAGGGGCGGGGGUGAUACCGGUGAACUCAGUGGGGUAUGAGGUGUUCUUGUUGCUGCUCCAGUUUUUGUAUAGCGGACAAGUCUCUAUUGUGCCGCAAAAGCACGAGCCAAGGCCUAAUUGUGGGGAGAGAGGGUGUUGGCACACGCAUUGCACCUCAGCCGUUGAUCUUGCUCUUGACACACUCGCAGCCGCUCGAUACUUUGGGGUUGAACAGCUUGCAUUGCUCACUCAGAAGCAAUUGGCUAGCAUGGUGGAGAAGGCAUCAAUCGAGGACGUAAUGAAAGUUUUAAUAGCUUCAAGAAAGCAAGACAUGCACCAACUCUGGACUACUUGUUCUCAUCUUGUCGCUAAAUCAGGUUUACCCCCGGAAGUCUUGGCCAAACACCUCCCUAUUGAUGUGGUGGCAAAAAUAGAAGAGCUCCGGCUCAAGUCAUCGCUGGCUCGGCGUUCACUUAUGCCGCACCACCACCAUCAUCACCAUCACCACCACCACCACGAUCUCUCCGCCGCGGCUGAUCUCGAGGACCAAAAAAUUAGGCGGAUGAGACGGGCCCUCGACUCCUCAGAUGUAGAACUUGUAAAGCUCAUGGUGAUGGGAGAAGGGCUUAAUCUCGACGAGGCAUUGGCUUUACACUACGCUGUCGAGAAUUGCAGUCGAGAGGUGGUGAAAGCCUUGCUAGAGCUCGGUGCAGCCGAUGUUAACUUCCCGGCAGGGCCCGCAGGGAAGACACCGCUUCACAUUGCGGCGGAGAUGGUGUCGCCGGACAUGGUUGCUGUCUUGUUGGACCACCAUGCCGACCCGAAUGUAAGAACUGUAGAUGGAGUCACUCCAUUAGACAUUCUAAGAACCCUAACCUCGGAUUUCUUGUUCAAAGGUGCGGUCCCUGGGUUAACCCACAUUGAGCCAAACAAGCUCAGACUUUGUCUGGAGCUGGUUCAGUCUGCGGCUUUGGUCAUUUCCCGGGAAGAAGCUGGAAGUGUCAAUGCACCAACCUCAACUGCUAUUUAUCCACCCAUGAGCGAAGAACAUAACAGCAGUAGUAGCGGGAACCUGAAUUUGGAUUCAAGAUUGGUUUAUCUGAAUCUUGGUGCCGGGCAGAUGAGUUCAGGAGAUGGUGAUCAUGAUCAUAGCAGCAGUCAUAGUAGCCAAAGGGAAGCCAUGAACCGACAUGAUCCAACAAUGUAUCACCACUCUCAUGACUUCUAGCUACUCCAUCUCUACCUGAUAUAGUUAUAUUUCUCUUUCUCUCUUUCUCUUUAUUAUAUAUGGUUAUAUAUAUAUAUUUUCUCUCUCUCUCUCUCUCUCUCUCUCUCUCUCUAUCUAUCUCUCUCUCUAUUAUAUAUAUAUAUAUAUAUAUGUGGAUGAAUGGUGAAAGAAAGACAAAGCAAGGAAGGAGUUAGCAGGGAAAAGAUAGUAGUAGUUUCAUGGGAAUUGAACUGAUCAUGGAGAUGGAUUAUUAUUGGAUUUAUAUUGUUUUUUUUUUGUCUUGUCAGACGUGCUUUGCUAGCUUUCACUACUUUUGCCAUUUUCUGUUCUGGUUUUUUGUGGGUUAAUAUCUGUUUUGUAGGAUUUUCCCUCGGUGAUCAUGAAAUGAAAGUGGAAGUUUCAUGGGUGAAGGGAUGGAUUUUCUGUUUAAAUGUCAUGGGAUGAGACAAGGAGAAUCUGAGAUUUUGCUGUUUAGAGUUUCGGGGAAGAAGAUGAGACACAGGUCAAUCUUUUCAAACUUCUCUCGGCCUGUCAACUCUUUUGUAUUUAUAUUUGAUCUGAUAUAUAAUGCCCCUAUUUAUUGUCUCCUUUUAUUUUUCUUGUCUCCCCACCCACCUUCCCUCAUCAUUUUUUAUUUUACAAAUAAGUAAAAUCAUCUUAAUUAGUCGCAUAUAAUAA